AUGCCGGGACGGGUACUUUCAAAUCCUCAGAAGAGGGUCCUUACGGACAGCACAAAUACACACAACACGCUAAAGUCGCCUCCGUCCGCGAAGAAACGAAAGCUCAAUACCACUCUUCCCAACGGCAAUAUCCCUUCCUCUCAGAAUGGCGCCGAUCGCUUCAAGUCAAAGCUCGGCUCGAGUCAGCCAAAAAGCCAGUUCGAGACCGAAGUGCUGGAGAAGAUGACUCAGGAUAUCACUGGACUCAAGGAGAAGAACGCAGAAACAGACCAAAAAUGGGACCGCCCUCCACUGGACGACUUUAACGACAAGACGGAUACCCUGCGCUUCCAGCAAAUCGAGAUUGAAGAGGGAACACUGCACGGUGGUAAAGUCACUCUCAAGAUGUUUGGCGUCUCAGAGGCCGGCCAUUCAAUAAUGUUACACGUAACAGACUUCCUCCAUUAUAUCUACGUAGCGGCGCCUGUCAAUUUCCAACGGUCUGAUCUACAAGGAUACAAGGCGUUUCUCGAGACUCAGAUUGCCCAGCAUCAGCCUGUGAUUCAAUCUGUUCAGAUGGUCUUGCGAGAGAACCUAUACGGCUUCCAAGGGAAUCAGAAAAGCCCCUACCUGAAGAUUACCGUGACAGAUCCCAAAUUCAUCAACAGGUUGCGGACCACAAUUGAGGGUGGGCUUGCAAAUUACAAGAACCUGUGGAAAGGGGUUGAGGGCAAGAUCCUCACGUUCGACAACAUCCAGUAUGUUCUACGCUUCAUGAUCGACACAGGUGUCACUGGUAUGUCUUGGGUCGAGGUCAAAGCUGGCAACUACCACAUGAUCUCCGCAUACGAGAGGCAAUCGAAUUGCCAGAUCGAGGCAUACUGCAAUUACCAUGACCUCGUUGCUCUGGGACACGACGGGGAGUGGGCAAAGAUGGCUCCCUUGCGUAUCUUGUCUUUCGAUAUCGAAUGUGCUGGCCGCAAAGGAAUCUUUCCUGAAGCCAACGUGGACCCCGUCAUCCAAAUUGCGAACGUCGUGACGAAAUAUGGCGACUCAAAGCCUUUCAUUCGGAAUGUUUUCGUCCUCGGCAAGUGCAGCCCAAUUGUCAACACGCAGCUUUAUGAGCACGAGGGAGACCUCAUUCAGGCUGAGAAGGAGAUGCUGAUGGGAUGGCGAGACUUCCUCGACAAGGCAGACCCAGAUGUCAUUAUUGGCUACAACAUUUCCAACUUCGACUUCCCAUAUCUUCUGGAUCGAGCUAAGCAUCUGAAACUUCAGAAAUUCCCAUAUUGGUCGCGUAUCAAGAGUGUCCAGUCUGUGGCAAAGGAUACGAACUUCUCCAGCAAGCAGAUGGGCAAUCGCGAUACGAAGGCGACGAAUACUAAUGGCCGCAUCCAACUUGACUUGCUGCAACUUGUCCAGCGAGAUCAUCAGCUUCGAAGCUAUACCCUCAAUUCUGUCUGUGCAGAGUUCCUGGGGGAGCAGAAGGAAGACGUGCACCACAGCAUGAUUACCGAACUCUUCAACGGCACUCCAGACUCUAGGCGGCGUCUAGCUGUGUACUGUCUGAAAGACGCCUACCUACCGCAACGUCUCAUGGACAAGUUGAUGUCGUUGGUGAACUACACGGAAAUGGCCAGAGUCACUGGUGUCCCCUUCAACUUCUUGCUGUCGCGAGGUCAACAAGUCAAAUUCAUCAGUCAAAUGUUUCGAAAAGCACUUGCCCAUCAACUGGUUGUUCCGAAUCUGUCGAGUGAUCAGUCAGAGGAUCAAUACGAAGGCGCCACCGUCAUCGAGCCAACGCGCGGAUACUAUGAUGUACCUGUUGCUACAUUGGAUUUCGCCUCCCUGUAUCCUUCUAUUAUGCAAGCACACAACCUUUGCUAUACCACGCUGCUCAACAAGAAUAGCGUAGAGAAGCUGAAGCUGAAGAAAGACGAAGACUAUAUCGUUACUCCUAAUGGCGAUCUCUUCUGCACGGCGAAGGUUCGCAAAGGACUCCUCACGGAAAUUCUGGAAGAACUACUUGCAGCCAGAAAACGGGCUAAGAAGGAGCUGGCUCUGGAGACAGACUCUUUCAAGAAAGCCGUGCUCAACGGUCGUCAGCUGGCUUUGAAGAUCUCAGCAAAUUCUGUCUAUGGUUUGACGGGUGCUACCGUUGGAAAACUUCCCUGCCUUGCAAUCGCUUCAAGCACGACCUCUUAUGGUCGACAGAUGAUCGAGAAAACCAAGGCCGAGGUCGAAGCCAGAUACACGAUCGCCAAUGGUUACUCGCAUGAUGCUCAGGUCAUCUACGGUGAUACUGAUUCCGUCAUGGUCAAAUUCGGCGAGAAAGAUCUCAAGAAGGUGAUGGAGAUGGGUGAGGAAGCUGCUAACUACGUCUCCGCCAAGUUCAUCAAGCCGAUCAAGCUCGAGUUCGAGAAGGUAUAUUUCCCAUACCUUUUGAUCAACAAGAAGCGCUAUGCCGGCCUAUACUGGACCAAACCCGAAAAGUACGACAAAAUGGACACGAAAGGUAUCGAAACCGUCCGUCGUGACAAUUGCCGCCUUGUUCAGAACGUUAUUGGAACGGUCUUGAACAAGAUCCUUAUUGACCGCGACUUGGAAGCUGCUCAAGACUAUGUCAAGGAGACCAUCUCAGCAUUGCUGCAGAACAAGAUCGAUCUCAGCAUGCUCGUUAUCACAAAAGCCCUGACAAAGGACGACUAUGCUGCCAAGCAAGCACACGUCGAGCUUGCCAACCGCAUGAAGAAGCGUGAUGCGGGUUCAGCGCCCGCACUUGGUGAUCGUGUCGCAUACGUGAUCGUCAAAGGUCGUGGCGACAGCAAGAACUACGAGAAGUCCGAAGAUCCGAUGUUCGUGCUUGAGAACAACGUCCCAAUCGAUACCAAGUAUUAUCUCGACAAUCAACUGGCCAACCCGCUAGGCCGUAUCUUCGAGCCUAUCCUCGGUGAGAAGAAAGCCAACUCGUUGCUCGCAGGUGACCACACACGCUCCAUCUCGGUCGCUGCACCCACACUGGGCGGACUAAUGAAGUUCACCAAAAAGACUCAGACCUGUAUGGGCUGUAAGAAGCCGCUGGUGGGUAAAGAGGAAGCCGAAGGCGCCGUCUGCGAGAAUUGCAGGCCGCGAGUCGGCGAGUUGUACACGAAGCACGUCAAGAAGGUCGGCGACCUGGAGGUGCGUUUCGGCAGGCUGUGGACGCAGUGCCAGCGCUGCCAGGGCAGUAUGCACUCGGAAGUGCUGUGCAGCUCAAGAGAUUGCCCGAUCUUUUACAUGCGCAUGAAGGCUAGGAAGGAGGUCGAGGAGGCUGGGCGCGAGCUGAGCAGGUUUGAUCACGAUGCUGGCGCUCUCUGGUAG